UACCGCGCACAGGACGGUCAAGAUGACGCUCCCCCCCAAGAUCCCCGCCUUGCAAAGGGUGGCCGCCUCGGUUACAUCAACGUCGACUUCCACCAUGCGAAGGCACGCCUGCGCCAGACCCCCUACAGUCUCAAGCAGUACAAAUACGACCCCAAAACGUCUUGCGGGCCCGGCCCUCCGACACAAAUUGUGGUUACGGGGUUCAAUCCUAUCACCCCUUUCUCGACGGUCACCACCUGUUUUGCUGCUUUUGGAGACAUUGCUGAGAGCAGCAACAAGCUACAUCCCGACAAUGGUAGUUACCUUGGUUUUGCAACCUUUAGGUACAAAGAUACGAAGCCGAAUAGGUCGCGGCCUCAAGUCAUUAGUGCCGCCGACGCAGCAAGAAAUGCGGUCCGUGCCAUGAAUAACAAGCAGAUUGCAGGGCGCCUUGUUCGAGUCGACUUCGACCCUGACGGAAAGAAGAGCUCCGAAAUGCUCGUUCAGGCCAUCCGAAAAGACUCAGAAAGACACAACAGUGUCCCAUCGACGGCAAGACCUAUUCCUACAGGCCCACGGGCUAGUGUCCCAGGACCUCCUCCUACUGCGCCGCGAGGUCCAGCUGCCCACAGAGCACCACCACCUCCGCCUCCUAUUGCCGGUCGGGGAGCGGGAGCGGGACCAGUACCAGUGCCAGGACCGCCAUCAACCAGGCCCGUGUACGUGAUCGAGACUGAGAGCGUCAAGGAAACGAUCCGGGAAGCGCCCUACAUCUUCGUCGCCCACGAGUACGUUCCAGUCCAGCCGUCAACGGUUAUGCACAUGAGGAAGCGCCUUAAAGUGUACGCCAUCGAGACUAUUCGCGCCGAUAAGAGUGGCUAUUACGUGAUUUUUCACAACAGCGACCGGGGUCGCCACGAUGUUGAGCGUUGCUACAGGGCAUGCAAUCGGACACCUUUCUUCAAUUACCUUAUGGUCAUGGAACUCAACACCUACGGGUCAGAGGGCAGGGGCUCAAGGACAUCUCGAGAGCCUCGAAGACACAGUCGAAGUCCUGAGCGCAGGCGAGUAGACGACCAUCGAUCACACCGUGACCACGACCGAGGCCGACGUGAUGAGGAUCGACAGAAACGGGAGGAACAAGACCGACGAAAGCGUGAAGAGGAGUCACUGCUAAAGGAAGAGAAGGAUCAAAGAGCCAAGAACUUCGAUCCUGUAAUCGAAGCUACCAAUGUGGUAAUUCAACAGAUGAAGGAGCAGCUCAUCAGGCACAUUCGAACCAAGAUUGCGGCGCCAGCCUUGUUGAACUUUCUUGAUCCUGCCAACCAGGUGGCCAGCCGACGGAAGCACAACAUUGAAGACCCGCAUUCCUCCAAGCUCUCGAUCACUUUUGACGACUCCGACACCAAAUCACCGGUUGGCACACCGAAUUCCAGAGCGGAUCCAAUCGAGAGGCGAACUGGUCGACUGGACGUGUCUGCGCUUCCCCGAAUUCGCAAAGCGAAAAAUGCUGCUCUCAACGCCCGCAAGCAUGCCUUCAACGACCCCUUUGCGCGCCACCGACCUCCCACCCAACGCUCGACGUUUCGAUCUCUUCAUGACCGCCUGCAAAGCGAUAGCGAUGAUGACUCGGAUGACGAGGUGGAUCACAGGUAUUUGAAUGUUCGGAAUACCGAUGAACCUGAAUCUCGACCUCGUAGCCGCUCGUCCACGGAUGACGAGGCUACCAAGGAAGACUAUGCGUCAUGGGGCCCAGCUGAGGAAGAUUCGAUGACGGAAGCCAGCUUUGCGUUGACUGACGGGCCGGCUCUUCCCCGAAAAAGAAAGCUGGACUUGCAGAUGGAGACGGCUAUCAAGCGGCAGAAGAAAACGGACGAGGAGCUUUUCGGAGUCACCAUCAACCGCGUCGACCCAGGUUACCCCUCGAGAGAGCUUUCGCCGGAGGAUAUUGUGCUCCCCGAUGCCGAACCCUUGGAGGAGAGGGACACUGAUAGUUCGCGGAUGCCGACACCUGUUCCUCAGGGGGCCAAAUCCAAAAAGAAGGCCACGAAAACCAAAAAGAAGUCCAAGAAACAGAUUUUCGAGGAACGUGAAGCCCUCAAGCGUCAGCAGGAAGAGAUCUUUGAGAAGGAGGCCUCUCUGGCUGCGGAUGAGGUCGAGCCAACACCCGAUGCUGAGCCUGAACCGGGCAUCAAGGAAGCUGCUCUUGACGAGGAGCCAGAUGUCGAGAAAGGAGAGAAACCUCGGAAACUGGACCUUGAUGAGAAGAUGUAUCCGUCUGAGAAGGUUCGCGCAUUUGAGCUUCCUUCGAACUUCAUUCUUAACGAAACUUCGCUUCGGGCUUCGGUUCUGCCUGCACUUUCCCACGCUGAUCUGCCGAAUCUGGAAAGAUUGAAACAGAGGCAGGGGAGUGGACAUCUGGAGCAACCUCAGGUCUGGGCGUGGAUGCGGGACCGUGUUCGUGAGCUAAACUCAACCGAUGGUUCGAAGGAUACUCCUUGCAGCAUUGGCGGCUACUAUGUCCCCAAUACAACCGGCUGUGCCAGGACCGAAGGUGUCAAAAAGAUUCUCAACUCGGAGAAGUCCAAGUACCUGCCUCACCACAUCAAGGUCCAGAAGGCCCGGGAGGAGAGGCAGGCGCAAAACGGGAAGUCGGGCAAGGACUCGGUCCUGGCUGCCGCAGAAGCCGCAAAGUUGGCGGCGGAGAGCCAGGUUGCUAGAGGCACCUCGCGUGCCAAUCGGGCGAACAACCGUCGUUUUGUGGCCGGUCUGCAUGACCAGAUAAGGGGUCUCGGCCAGGAUUCGGACGCCUUCAGGUUCAACCAGCUCAAAAAACGGAAGAAGCCCGUCAAGUUUGCUCGGUCGGCCAUCCACAACUGGGGACUGUACACCAUGGAGAACAUUCCCAAGGACGACAUGAUCAUCGAAUAUGUGGGCGAGGAAGUCCGGCAGGUGAUUGCAGAGCUCCGGGAGGCGAGAUAUCUCAAGAGCGGCAUAGGUAGCAGUUAUCUCUUCCGAAUUGAUGACAACACGGUCAUCGACGCGACCAAGAAGGGCGGCAUCGCGCGGUUCAUCAACCACAGCUGCAUGCCCAACUGCACGGCCAAGAUCAUCAAGGUGGAGGGCAGCAAAAGGAUUGUCAUUUAUGCCCUCCGGGACAUUGCUCAGAACGAGGAGCUAACAUACGACUACAAAUUCGAGCGUGAGAUAGGAGCUACGGACCGCAUUCCCUGCCUAUGCGGAACAGCGGCUUGCAAGGGCUUCCUCAACUAA